AUGUCUUUGAUCGAUCCAAUAAAGCACACUUAUCUCGACAGAGAAUAUUCAUGCAUACAAAAUUUUAAUCCGAGAAUAAAAAAUCGUUUAAUGGAUAAGGAAAUGUCGGCACACACAACUUAUAGAAAUUUGGAACCUCCUUUUUUAUUAAUGGCAUCAUCAUUACCAGCAGUAUAUUCACCGACCGUAGACAUAACAAGAACUAAAAUAGCUUUUGGAAGAUGGGCAUUGCCGAAAUUAAAAAGACAAAUUGCUCACGAUGAUAUAUUCGAAGUUUCGCAAGCACUUAACAGUAUUUGGGAUUUGGUUCGUGAUCCAGAAAAAGGUUACGAAGCUAUUAGAAUAGGACUAGUUGAUUCUUUAUCGAAAAUAAUGCUUCACGAAAAAGAUUUUGUCAGAGAGAAAAUUUGUUUAAUUUUUUACACGCUCGCAGGAUUGGAAGCUGGAAGAAGAGUAAUAAUGAGAAGAUACAAGAUUUUAAAAAAUUUAGCGCUUCUCCUAGAGGAUAAAAAUGAAAUUGUUAGAUUAAAAGCACAAAUGGUGAUUGAAAUGUUAUCAUUAUCACCGACCGGUGCAAACGGAUUAAAUUGUGCCGACUUUUUGAUAUUAAUUUUACGUUUGAUCGGUGGAAAUCCAAGAAACGAAAACGAAGAUUUAAUUAUUUAUCAUUUGGCAACGCUGAAAAUGCUUUUACAAAGAGAUUUUAAAGAACUCGCUAUAAAACACAACGCCAUGAAUAUAUUAAUUGAAAAAUUAGAUUCGAAUAACGACAAAAUAAAAAUGUUAGCUUUGGAUUGCAUAGCCGUCCUUUGUCACGAAUCCUUUGGACGAUUAGAAGGAGCCGACAAAGGUUUGGGUUUGAUUUUAUGUAAAAAAUUACACGAUCCUUCAUUUGAAGUUAAGAUCAAAGUCGCUGGUGCUUUGGCAUUUGCAACGAUACAAUCGGAAACGAGAAAAAUAUUAAGUAAAAAAUGCAUAGUCGACGUUUUAAUGGAAAUAUUAGAAAAUUAUCAUUUUACCGAAGGACAGAUCCCGAUGGUAAACCCCUCGUAG